AUGGGCUUGGAUCAGUUUGCUCCGUCCCGGCAGAAAGCCUUUGUAUUUACCGAAUAUUUGGAAGAAGGAAAUUUCGAGGCUCAUUCGUGCGGUAACGGCCGCUUCAUCCAGGGCGCUCCAAGCGCAGACCUCGAGAUCUGCUUCAGACUCUACAAGACUCAGAGCUUCCUCGACAUCCAAAUCCACGAAGACAAUCUCCUACAGUGGUUGCGUGCAAUCCCCUCGCUGAGUGACGACCUUAGCGAUGACCUAUUUGAUGCCUCGAUCAGCAUGGGCACUCUGCUGCCCCGCUACCCAGAAAUGAGUGCGAAAUUCGACCAGGAUAAAAGAGACGGACACAGCUUCGACGCACUCGAAUUAUUUGUCCGUCAUUUCCUCCGCGAAGGCUCAGUCUUUGCCUCCUUCGGCUUUGAGCAUCUCUACGAAGAGCGGAUUCUUACAGAACUCCACUUCCAUGACAUCCAAAGCCAGAACCGCUCCAUGUCCGAAGAUCUCGACCUUCUAGACGAAGCCAUUGACGAAGUUGACGAGCGUGAUAUCAAGGGGUCAAGUCAGCCCUUUCUCUUCAUGAAUGAGCGCUUCCAAGCUCAACUACAGACUGCCAUCAGACAGCGUGAUCCCAUCGCUGUGGACAAAGUGCUUGCCAAGGACCCAGGCUUCGUUGAUGCCAAGACUUUAUGUCUCGCCAUACGCUACUAUGAACGGACCGUCUUCCAUCUUCUCCUCAAACACGGUGCUCAGGUGAACGGGGUCGGUAUGAUUGCCGAACCCUUGUACCGUGCCGCAAAAUCUGGUCGCUUGGAUGCAGUUCAGCUGCUUCUAAGCUAUGAUGCCAACAAAGAAGGAGGAGAUUCCUGUAUCAGCGCAACACCCUUGAGUGGUGCAGUCUCUGGCGGUCACCUCGAAAUUGUCCAAUACCUCGUCGAGGAGAAAGGCGCAAACAUCAAUGGUAAUAAGUACAAAUCCCCGCUAUCUCGUGCCAUCAAGCAUCGACAUUUACACAUUUUCGACUACCUAGUGAGAGCCGGAGCGAAUGUGCUCGAGGAGGAUUAUUUCGUGCUUCUGCCUCAAUUCGUGGGAACCAAGCAGGCAGUGCUAGGCGAUAUUCUUGAACGCUUCAUAGCCGGCAUGGGCAACGAGGCUCGCGAUCUCUUAUUUUGGAGAGCAGUAUCGGAGGGUCACCUCGAGAUUGUCCGCCACCUAGUAGAGACUGGUGCAGAUGUCAACCCAGAUACGCGGAACUGCGACCCGGUUGACUUUUUGAUGUGCAGCCGAGAGCAUUCCUCGCCCCUGGCAGUAGCAGCAUCAAACGGUCACCUCGGGAUUGUCCGCUACCUAGUAGAGGCUGGUGCCAAUGUCAACCCGCAUAAGUAUCAUAGAGACGCGAGCGAUGGUGGCAACUCGGAUGCGAAGAUUCCGGGGUGCAUGCGACCACAUUACUCGCCCCUAGCAGCAGCUGCAAAGUCAAACAAAAGCGAAGUGGCUGAGUUCUUAUCCUCAAUUGGAGCAACUCUCCUCGAAGGUGAGGACAAGAUCUACGUCUUGGACAAUUUUCGUCCUUUACAUGUACAUUGGUGCAUGUACGGUAUCAUGUCGGUUGGCGAGUUCCUUGACAAGAUGAAGCCUUCCGCAGCCAUCGAAGUGAAAGAUUGCCCGGCGGUUGCUGCUAUACAGGCCCAAGAACGCAGAACCAUGGCGCGCCGGUUACUCGCCAAGAUUGCCAACUCAUGCGAAAAAUUGCUAGACGCAAGCACCAUGCAGGACGUCUCUGCUGGACUCAUGGCAUUUGUGGACCAGGUCGGCACCAGCACGUCCGUCUGGAGAAGCGGAACGCGCGCGAUUCGGGACAUCUGCGAAGGAUACAUGCCGCGCAGCCUCUCGGAUAUCGUCAGCGCACUGCAAGUUGCAAAUGCAAUGCGGUCGGUCGUUCCACCUUCAAGACUAGUGUACACGAAGAAAGAAUUUGUUGAUGACAUUCCACGAUGGGCUGCUCUUUUAAGUCCGGAUGAUCAACGCCUGUUCUUCGAAAUAGCUUCCUAUCUCUGGGGAAUUCCGGCCGCAACGACCGCCCAUGAAAUGGCGGACAGUUUAACGCGCCCUUUGAUGUUCCUGCAAAACCUAGUCAUCUAUGUAGUGAAAACACACGGGCUGUUUGAUCAUGGACCCGGAAACUCUUGUGGCUCUUACCGGCUGCAAGCUCUUCGACAACAGUACCCUUUUGCAAUGCGCCAUACUCAUACAUGUGAAAGGAGACUUACUUUAGCCGAGUGGGAUCCAUUACCCAAGCAAGCGGCACAAGAGAGUCCGCAUACCAAUGUCCUUAAGCCGCCGGAUCCAGAGGGGGAAGAGUUUAGUAUCCUGGCUCGUAUCACUGUCUUAAUGGCGGGUGCUAUAUUCGGCGCAAUCCUGCUCUAUUUGUGCCUGUCUCGAUACGGCUUUUCGACCUUUCGAUUGCCCAUUCUGACUUCGGAUGCCGGGCAAGGUUGGGCUUCAGAUCAGAUAAUAACUCGAAACAACGUCCUCCUUGCCUUGUAUAUCGGACUUACGUCUCCUGUUGACCUUGAGAGCCGAAAGAGCACCGACGAUUUGCUACCCAAAUCAUCCCCGCUUUCGCAUGAGCUGCCAGACAGUCGCCCGACAGAGAGAGUUCGGGAUCAUAUGGCAGCCAUUCAGCCAUCCUACGAGGGCGACUAUUCCAUGAUCGACUCCUCUAGUGAUAGCGUGGUUGAUGCCACCAUGGACGGCUCGCCCAGUGUGUCGUCACAUCUGACGAGUUCAUCACCCGCCACCACCAUCUCACCAUCCUCAAUGACCACAGCAACACCUGGCUUGACUACCAUGGCCAAUCCGAUGGACGGAACAAUUUACUGCAAGCAUUGCGAUUCAAAAUUUAAACUCGGAAAGAACGGCCGCAGGGGCCAGGCCAGCAAUCUCCAGAAACACGUGAAAAUUCACCAUCCUGAGACUAUACCAAAUUACCACCGAGAAAGGGAAGCAGCCAAGAUGCCAUGGCAAGUGGAGACAGACUGUUACAAGAACAUCCUGAGUCAGCGCCAAUGCGCAUUAUUAGGAAGUUUUGAACGGUUUUACGGCCGGGCUAUGGCGAAUGGGUAG